AAGACUCGCUACCUCUGGGACGUCUGGGUGUUUACCUUCCGCAGGUGACAUUUAAGGCGCUGUAUUUGCACACUUCCAGGCGUCAGGAGACUCUUUCAGGGCACUGGUGGGCACCUGAAAAGUUCUUUACUUAGCCAACCUUCUGCAGUGUGCCUGUUGAUGCCAUGAUGGUGAACGUCCAAGAAAUCUGUGAGAACAUGAGGGUAGCUCGGGAGAUGGUGCUGACAUCACAGUAUGAGACGGGAGCUGUGUACUAUCAGGGUGUAGUGCAGCAGAUACACCGACUGCUACAGACAAUACAGGAGCCAAACCGCAAGAUAAAGUGGCAGCAGGUACAGCAGCAAGUGGCAGCUGAGUAUGAGAAUCUGAAGGAACUAACCAACACAAUUGCCAUGUUCAAGGCUGACACCACCUCCUCACCUGCUUUCAAUGACCGGCCUCUUGCCACUAUGCGCAUCUCAUCCUUUGAGGAGCCAACACGUGAUCCUGAUGUCUGGGCUCCUCCCCCUCCACGAGACCCAGAUGUGUGGCCACCACCCACACCUGCCGACCACAGGUCGUCCCAGGUCAAGCCCACCCGGGGGCCACGCCGGCAGGAGGCCAGCAAGUCCACUACUGCAAAUCGUGGUGGUGGGAGCAAGGCUGGGGCAAAGAAGGGCGGCACAGAUGCCAAGGGACGGAAUAAGGAUGAGAAAGUUGGGAAGGGUCGCAAGGAGGCAGAUAAGAAGGAUGAUAAGCAGGGAGGAGGAGCGGAGGACAAUGCUGGCGGGGGAGAGGAGGAGGAGCGAAAGUUUGACCCAAGUGGUUAUGAUCGUGACCUGGUGGAUAUGCUGGAGAGGGACAUUGUGCAGAAGAAUCCAAGCAUCAGGUGGACUGACAUUGCUGACUUACAGGAAGCCAAGAGACUGUUAGAAGAAGCUGUGGUGUUGCCAAUGCUGAUGCCAGACUUUUUCAAGGGCAUCAGGCGGCCAUGGAAAGGUGUGCUGAUGGUGGGGCCACCGGGAACAGGAAAGACAAUGCUGGCCAAGGCUGUGGCUACUGAAUGCAAAACAACCUUCUUCAAUGUAUCAUCAUCAACUCUCACUUCAAAGUACAGAGGAGAGUCUGAGAAGCUUGUGCGGCUGCUGUUUGAAAUGGCACGUUUCUAUGCUCCCAGCACUAUUUUUGUAGAUGAGAUAGAUUCCUUGUGCUCACGACGAGGGUCGGAGUCUGAACAUGAGGCAUCACGAAGGGUGAAGUCUGAGCUCCUCAUGCAAAUGGACGGCAUACAAGCCAGCGAUUCUGAUGAGCCCAAGGUGGUGAUGGUGCUGGCCGCCACUAACUUCCCCUGGGAUAUCGAUGAGGCUCUCAGGCGACGAUUAGAGAAGAGGAUUUACAUACCCCUGCCUAACGAGGAAGGCAGGGAGGCUCUUCUGAGCAUCAACCUACGAGAAGUGAAGCUAGACAGUGACAUCAACUUGGCCCAGAUUGCCUCCAUGUUGGCUGGUUACUCAGGAGCCGAUAUCACCAAUGUUUGCAGGGAUGCCUCAAUGAUGUCAAUGCGACGCAAGAUUGCUGGACUUACGCCAGAUGAGAUACGAGCACUCCCAAAGGAGGAGCUGGACCUGCCAGUGACUCAGGGGGACUUCCAUGCUGCCGUAGCCAAGUGCAACAAGUCUGUCUCUCAACAGGACCUGGACAAAUAUGAGACUUGGAUGAGAGAGUUUGGAUCAACUUAGUUAGUCCUCCCUUCCUCAGCCUUCAGUUUCUUGGCAUUGCUGGUGAAAGAGGGAGUUUGGAUCAGUCUAGUUUGUCCUCCCUUCCUCAGACUCCAUAAUCUUCUCAUUACUAGCUUUGUCUUAUGAUGGUCUCAAGAUGACCCUCCAUUGACCAACAUAUAUUUUUGCUUCCACAAACUUUAUAUUUUCCAUAGGGCAUCUUAGCUCCUCCCAGCCACCGUAAUAUGCUUUGCAAUGCUUGAGAAGUUUUGGAAAAGGUUUAGCCUUGAGAGGAAGUGGCAGUGAAUCAAACCCAUUAUGAUCAUUAGACACAACUCUAUAUCAGUCACUGUAACCAUGACCUAGUGGAGGAUUGUUAACCUUCACUCUCCGCCCACUACUGCUUCAGUAUAUAGAGACGUAUAUACAUGUUCUUGUUAUUCAUGUUGAGCCUUUUGUGUAUCUCUGCUUGUCACUAUCCUGUCUGUGUAUUCUUCGUCCGUGCCUUAUUAAGUCAGUCUCUCUCUCUCUCUCUCUCUCUCUCUCUCUCUCUCUCUCUCUCUCUCUCUCUCUCUCUCUCUCUCUCUCUCUCUCUCUCUCUCUCUCUCUCUCUCUCUCUCUCUCUCUCUCUCUCUUAUUUCAUCAUACAUUCCUCUUCCUCUCUUUCUCUUCAUUUAUAAUUAAUUAUUUUUUUAGCAUUGUAGCAUAAUAUGAUAAUAACCAGAUGGCUUUUAUCUCAUUUAUUGUAAGUAUAUUACUGACCAAAGAAUAGAAGAAUGUUAUAUAUUUAUAAAAAUAAUAAUGAUACUACUACUACUACUACUACUACUACUACUACUACUACUACUACUACUACUACUACUACUACUACUACUACUACUACCACCACUACUACCUGAUCUAUAUAUACCUGGCUGAACAAUUAUUAAUACAUUCAAGAACAUUUUGUCUUGAUAGCUUUUAAGUACUGAAAGAGAGGUAGUAGGUGGCUUUAUAUAUUGUAUUUUUUGGGGAAAAGGAAUAUUAGAAGAUUGUGGAAGAGGAAGAAAUGUAAUCAUAUUGCUCCAAAUUAUGGUGGAACAAGCCAAGGCAAAGGUGCUGUGAUGCUUUCUCUUCUCAUUUGUUGAUUUAUUACUUAUAAACCAAUAAAGGUUAAGUUACAAA